UCAAAAUGAUCCAAUACCUGGCCCUGCUGGUAUUUCUCUUCGGCUGUGCCGCUGCCCAGGAGCCACGGCGCGAUGCUGAGUGGCCUCCGCCGGCGAUUCUCAAAUUGGCAAAGCACUACCAUGACAUAUGUGCACCCAAAACAGGCGUAACUGAUGAGGCCAUCAAGGAGUUCAGCGAUGGCCAAAUACACGAGGACGAGGCCCUCAAAUGCUAUAUGAACUGCCUCUUUCACGAGUUCGAGGUGGUCGACGACAAUGGUGAUGUCCACAUGGAGAAGCUUUUGAACGCGAUUCCAGGAGAAAAGCUAAGGAACAUAUUGAUGGAGGCCUCCAAGGGAUGCGUGCAUCCUGACGGCGACACUCUGUGCCACAAGGCCUGGUGGUUUCACCAAUGCUGGAAGAAGGCUGAUCCUGUCCACUACUUCUUGGUUUAAGGACCUAUUUACUUUAGACAUUUCAGGGAAGAUAUUUUUGGGGGUUCUGAGUGGUCUUAGCGGAUUUAUUUAAGUCAAAAAUAGUUACAAGUUGUGUGUGAUAUGCGUAGUCAUUAAUAAAUGGUGUCAGGAAUAAUAAAUGGUAUUCUAAAAAAUA